AUGUGCACCUCCCCACCCUACCUGCUUGCACCGCAGGAUCAGGUGAGUGUGCAGAUAAAAACAAGCGGCAGGAGGUCUCGGUGUAGUCGAGUCAACGGCGCCGUCGGCUCCCGCACAUCAGCUCCCUGCAGAGGAGCAGCGCAAGGGCACAAAGGAACAGCAGCCAUGGCGACAACACCUCAGGACAGCAGCGGCCUGUGGAAGACGCGCUACACGAUGGCGCUACUGUGCCUCCUGGGGUUGACCUCCAGCUUGACAACUCGCGUCAACCUGUCGGUGGCCAUCGUGGACAUGGUCAACGAGACGGCCGUGCUGGAGCGGGACUCCAACGGCAGCGCCCGCCCCUUCAUCGACCCUGACGCCUGUCCGGGGGAGCUGGCAGUCAGGGGCUCGGGUGGCCGUAAAGAUGGCGACUUCACGUGGGAUAAGCAGAAGCAGGGUGAGCUCUUGGCUGCCUUUUACUACGGCUACGUUAUUGGACACGUUCCUGGCGGCAUGCUUGCCGAUUACUUUGGAGGGAAGAUUGUGUUCGCAGUCAGCGUCUUCGUUUCGUCUCUGCUCUCUGUUCUCUCUCCGGCUUCAGCGUGGGCUGGUGACUACGUCCUCUUUGCCAACAGAGUCACACAGGGACUGGUGCAGGGUGGAAUAAUACCAACCAUACAAACUCUUAUCUGCAGGUGGGCGCCAGACCACGAAAGAAGCAAGUUCUCUAUAAUUUUUCUAGGGCAAUACGUCGGUACAGUGUUAUCAAUGGCAGCAACAGGCGCUCUAUGCGCGACGUCGCUACGAUGGCCUCUCACCUUCUACGUGUUUGGCGGCGUUGGACUGCUAUGGUGUCUGCCAUGGUGGCUGCUGGCUUCCGAUUCGCCAGCACAGCACACGAACAUCGACCCGGAUGAGCGUCGAUACAUCGAGGCCACUAUACAAUCGAGUGCCAAGCAAAAGCUGCCCGUGCCCUGGAGAAGCUUGCUGUCGACGCCAGCUAUCUGGGCGCUGGUCGCGUACUUCGUAACUUACGACUGUACCUUCUACCUGUUUCUCUCUUCGCUGCCGCUCUAUAUCGCCGACAUCUUGCACUUUGAUGUGGAAAGUUUCACUUGUACUGCGACUCUGCAUGCUGUGUCAAGUAGCUGGCAGAAGAGCGGAGCCAGCUACAGCGGCCUACUGCACGCAGGUCUGUUGGUUCCCGCGGUGGCGCUGGUGGCGGUGGCGCUGGUGGGCUGCGACUCGGCCGCUAUCGUGGCGAUGCUGGCGCUGAGCGGCUUCUGCAUGGCCUCUCACUGCACCGGCAUCUACAUGAACAUGCAGGCCAUAGCGCCCAACUACGCUGGCACCAUCGUCGGUUUCGUCAACACCUUCGCCAACAUAUCGGGCAUCAUCGUCCCGUACAUCGUUGGAGCCGUCACAAAUGCAAAUCCGACACGGGCGACGUGGAACAUGGUGUUCUACAUGGCAGCGGCGGUGUUGGUAGCAGGAUACGUCCUCUACGCCGUCUUCACCACCUCCGAGGAGCAGCCUUGGAACGUCCCACCCACAGAAAACGGAUUCUCAGUGAAGAACGACAAGGGCAUCGUAAAUACCACCUUUCACGGGGACGACUCUCAACGCAACAGCUGA